AUGCAAUUGAUUGUUUGCAAAUAUUAUUUAUGGAUUAAAUUAAAAUGUGGAAGUGAUUGGAAAACUACAAGUUUGAUUUUUAUUGGUUUCCAACCCAAGUUCUUAGUAGCCCAUUCUAAAUUGUAGCAAUGUAUUAUUGCUAGUUGCAAUUAUGUUAGUAGCGUAAUUAAUGCAAUUUGAAUAAUUUUAUAUUAUUUAUUUUAGAUAAAAAUGCAUCCUCGAGAAUCCUCACAGUAGCAAAAGUCAUCGGCAAAAUAAUAGGAGUUUAAAAAAUAGAAAAGCUAUCGAUUCACAAUCUCGAAUCAAAUGAUGAAGAGAAGCCCAACAAGGUAUUUGAAGGAGAUGAAGAGUCUCAAGCAUGUGCUAUAAUAAAGUACUUUGAAGAGUUUAAAAAAUUUUCAACCUUACGAAAACUAAGAUGAGAAUUCCUCAGAUUCUAGUGAGUAUAAUAAUGUUGAUGAAAAGCCUGAUCCUUAGGAAGACAAAAUUGCAGUACCUAAUUUGAGUUUUAAAGAAGGCUUUUUGUUAACACUCGAAUAACAAGAACAAUAGACGCAUAAUUCUUCUGAUUAAAAUAGCUCGAAAGGUCCUAAGAAACAAGUAUUAAGGACUCUAAAAAAAUGCUUUGGUGAUUCAAGCUCUAUGAGCGAAGUCAAUUCCCAAGAUCAAUUGCUUGAUAGAGGACAUGACAAUUUCCCCAUUCACGAUCAAAUAGAAGAAUUGGAAGCUCAGCACAACGAAGACGUGGAAUAUUUUUGUGAAGACCUCGAUCCCAGAAUAUUGAAGAAGUAUUAAAAGCACAAGGAACGCAAUCCAUUUGAAGACCCCUAUUAUGUUGUAUUGACUCCUCUCCAUGGUUUGGAAAGGUUAAAGCACGAAUUAAAAGUAAUUAAAUUAGUUUAGUCUAGAAUUACAAUGAUCAUCUCAAUUUCCUGAAAUUAAGAAAAUUCAUUGUGUAUUCUUGUCUGUGUAUACCAAUGCAUUUCUAGAAGCUCGUCGACAGCUACCAAUUUAAAAUUAUCAAUGGUAUUUUCAUUAUUUGCAAUCUGACUCUAUUUACACUAAGUAACUCAAAUCCCCCAAUCACAAAUGAGAAGUACAAGCAAUUUAUAUUUUAUUGUUUUGCGUUUGAAAUAUGCAUCAGAAUUCUAGCUGCAGGAGGGAUCUAUCCUACAGUACAUUUUUUGUACAGUAAGGAAGAUAUAUUUAAUUUAUUAUGUACAUUAAUCAGCUUUUUGCACUACUUUUACCCCAAUUCAAUUCCAUUCGACCCAACUCCACUCAGAAUAAUCACUAUCUUUAUAUAUUUGGGAGACGUUUUACUGAGAUUGAAAUACAUGUUGAUAGCUCUUAAAAAGUCAUUAGUAUUUUUAGCUGAAGCACUCUUCAUCCUCUUAAUAUCCGCGUUGUUCUUUUCCAUAAUUGGAGUAUCCUUAUUCCAGGGCCUAUUUAAUUAUAGAUGUUAACCAAUAGAGGGAGACCCACUUGAUGAUUGGAUCCAGUGCUAUUAAAACAUUUGUCCUGAAGGAAUGCAUUGCAUGUUAUCAGCAGAAACCCCUAAAUUGCCAACAUCGUUCAAUAAUAUAUUCUUUUCCUUUGGACAGAUUUUAAGGACAAUUACAAUGGAUGACUGGAGUUGGGUAAUGUUUUUUACAAUGAGAAUCUACCAUCCAUAGAUUUGGAUCUAUUAUUUGUUGAUCAUAUUUGUUUGUGGCUUCUUUUCGAUUAAUUUGAUUAUUGCAGUAUUGAAAAUUCACUAUUCAGAAGCGACAUAAGAAUGCGAAGAAUUUGAGAAACUAUCUAAAUAGAAAAACGAUCAUAGUUUAUAAAGAUAGGAGAUGUUCUUAAGUAAGGAUGUGAUUUCCUAUUUUGAUUUAUCCUUUUUGCGUUACAUUGGUUUCUAUUCUGUGUUAAGGAAGCAUAGACAUUUGAUUAAUACAAUGAAGCCUCUGAAUGAACUGAUUGAAGAUAAUUUUAGACCUGAGAAGACGAAUCAACAGUUGAGGUUAUUGUCCUCUAAAUAAAAAAAGAUUUUGGAUGAAGCAUAGAUGGUAUUUCAAUUAAAUAUUUACUGUAGAAACUUAAUUAAAGUUCUAUUUGGAAUAAGUUUAAGAAUUUCUCACUCAAAAACUAAUUAUUGCCUAAAUUCAAGGAACUCAAAAAAGAACAGAGUUAAGUAAAUAUUAAUUUAUAUUCUGAUGAUCCUAUUGAGAUUUCAAUUUUAUUGAAAUUAAUAGAGUACAAUUUUACUUAAUUGAACAAUUCUGUAAAUUAUCACGUGGAAUAGAAAUUCAACAGUUUAAAGGAUGUCUUUGUUUAGAAGAAAAGGUAUUUAUAGGCUAAUUUGUUAGAAUUGGACAUAAGGAAAAAAUAAAAAUGUAUUAUCAACAUCUGCUAUCAAAGAAGAACUUAAAAUAAACAACGAGACAACAAUCUGAUUACUCAAUGUCUAGAUAUCCAAUCCAUAAGAGCACUAGGAGAAUAACUAUUUAAAAGACUCUAAGUAAGAAGGACGAGAGUCUCGAUGUGCCCUCUCUCUAAAUGAAGAGAAAAAACAAUGAUUUAAAAUCUAUAAUUAAUAUGAGACCGAGAGUCGAACAAAAACUACCCUUCGAACACAUUAGCAAAGGCAGAAGAUACGUGUAUAUUCAAGGAUAUUACAUCAAUUAUGAAUAGAUUCAAGAGAAAAUCAACACCAAGAUACCUAAAUCAAAAUCACAAUUGGAUUCUAAUGAGGAACUGUAUUAGUAAAUAUUCUAGAAAGAGAGGGAGCAGAAGAUAAUCAAAACAAAGAAUUGGUCAGGAAACAAUGUAUUGUUAAUGAAUCCAGAUCGGAUUUAGAUGUUUGAAGAUAUCUUUACUAGUUUAAAUAAUUUUAAUCCAUUAAUAUGGAUGCCAACAAUAGGUGGGAAACUAUUGAUUAUGAGGAGAUACACUUUAAUAAUAAUAGACAAUCAGAUCACUUAAUUAUUCUUUGAUUUGAUUAUCUUGAUAAAUUUCAUCUUCUUAUCAUUGUAUGGAAUAGCAGAUCCGAUUAUUAUAUCGAAAUGUGAAGAUAUUUCAACUGUUUUUUUGUUGGUCGAAAUCAGUUUGUAAAUGUUUACAUAUCCAUUGCAACGUUUCUUUUCUAGUAAGGAAAAUGUGUUAUAGGCUAUAAUAAUGAUUGCAAGUUUUAUCGAAUUUAGUUUCAGUGAUUAUUUGAAUUUAACAGAGUAAUAUUUGAGAUUGAUAAGAGGAACAAAAUGUAUUCUAUUUUAUAGAUGCUUAAAAUACAAUUAGAUGGCUGUAUUGAUAGGUAAGAUUGCAUCAAUAACAUUUAAGCAAUACAUAUAUCUAACUAUAUUUAUGUUCAUAAUUAUCACAAUAUACGCAAUGAUUGGAAUGGAUCUUUAUGCGAGUAAGUUUGAUUAGAAUGACUUUCUGGGUUAAUUACAUUCCUUUGAUAAUUUGAUGAAAGCAAUUAUGACUAUAUUCAAUAUAAUGACGAAUGACGAUUGGUAUGGAGUGUAUGUUUUAGGGACAGGCAUAAGUACUGUUGCUGCUAUCACAUAUUCGUUUUCGAUGGUUAUAAUUUUGAAUUAUUUGACAUACGGACUGGUUUUAGCUAUUUUACUUGAUGGAUUUGGCAGAUAUCUAGAUGAAAAAGACGAGGUGGAUUAAGGUGAUAAACAGCUGUUAGAGAAUCAAAUGACAUCUGCAAGAGAUGAGGAACCAUUAAAUACAGAUUUGGAUUCUACGAGAAAUUUAAGAAUUAAAUCACAAUACUUCUCAUAAGUUCAAAUCUGUGAGUUGGAAGAGAAAGAAUAACCUAAAGUAAAACUUGAUUUAAUGGAAAGUCUAUUGCGAACUUUAAGUAUAAUAAUGUAAUUAUAUUAGAGUAAUUAAAUAAGUAAGUAAUGAAGUCGAAUCCUAAGUUGUUCCAAGAUAUUCAAUGUGAAACAUCACUCUACUUAUUUGAAAAAACCAGCAAAAUUAGAAUUAUUUGUUGCAAUUUCUGUUCAUCCUAAGCUUUUUAUUGGUUUACAAAUUUAGUCCUGAUUUCAUCGAUUAUUGUAAUGAUUAUUCGGACAUAUCAUGAUUAUGAAUAAGAGAAGAGUUAAUAUCCAUAUAUUUUGUUGAUGAUUUUAAAUGUGUUUAUGUUCAUAGAAGAUAUAAUUUGUAUAAUAGCAAAGGGUUUAUGUAUGGACAAGGGAUCACAUAUCAACUAUUCAUGGUAAUUGGUCGACCUAAUUUAUUUGCUUGGGUUCUUUAUUGAUAGUUAUAAGCAAAACCCAAUCAUUAAUAUUUGUUUGUUUCUUGGUCACUUUAGACCAAUGAAACUAAUGUAUCGAAUUAAAUGGUUAGACAAGAUCAGAGCUGCUUUGGCAUAAUCAUUAUUAGACAUGUUAAAGAUAUUGUUGACAUUGGUUUCAGUGUGGAUAAUGUUUGGAGUAUUUGGCAUCAUAUUGUACGAAAGUCAGUUUGGAUUUUGUGAUGAUAAAAUGCAAUUCUAUGUCAAUGAAAGAGAAUGCAAGGAAUCUCAAAGAGAGUGGAUUAAUUUUAAACAUAACUUCGACAAUAUCACAAUAGCAUUGCCAACCUUGUUUGUAGUAUCCACCUUUGAUGGAUGGGGGGAAAUCAUGUAAGUGGCUGAAAACAGCAGACAAAGUAGAUAUGGACCUUCUCCAUUUGCUACGUAUAUAUCAACAUAUGCUUACUUCAUUUCAUUUUGCUUUGUAGGAUCUAUGUUCUUUUUGAGUUUCUUUACGGGAACACUCUUUUCGAAAUUGAGAUUCAAUCAAUAAAAGAUUGAAAUGCAGGAUGCAACAAAAUUCUAGAGAGAAUUUACAGAGAUUGCUCCAAUAAUCCUUAAAGAUACUCCUGUUUUUUCAACUCCCCCCACAAAGAUAGUAAGGAGAUUUGCCUCCUUUAUUGUUAAUAAUUCCAUAUUUUAGAAAUUCAUGUUUCUGAUGUUGUUAAUAGAUUUGAUCUGUUAAUUACAAUAUCAAUAUGACAUGGAGGUGGAGUACAUCAGAUAAAUAAAUAUCAUUUAGAGAUUCAUCAUAUUGUUUUAUGCUUUAUGGAUUGCUCUAUUAUUUAUGUCAUUGGGAAUCAAUAGAUACUUUGACAAUAAUUGGAGGAGAUAUUAUACAUUCUUGAUCCUGAUAUCCCUUUGUGAUUUGAUAGCAGAUUUAGAGAAUGACUGGGUUAUCCACUAUUUUUAAUCUAAUGUGUUCACUCCAUAUUAUUAAAUGAUAAGGUUGGCUUUUAUGACAAGACAAUUGCGUCUGCUCGUCAUAUUUCAAGGAUUAACAAACCUAUCAAGAUUGAUAAGAGUGAUGGGAUUUGCACUUCCGUUUUUGGCCAAACUCAUAUCCAUUCUAAUCAUUACUAUGAUAAUUUAUGCAUUGAUUGGAUGUCAAUUAUUCGGUAAGAUAAUUGAAGGCGCAGUGAUAGAUGAGUUAAUCAAUUUUACUAAUUUUGAAUACGCCUUGUUGGCACUGUUUAAAUGUGCAUCAGGCGAUGACUUUAGGACUAUUAUGACAGAUACGAUGCAUCAUAAUCCAUCAUGUCCAGAGAACCCUGAUUGUUGUGGUUCAGACUUCAAUUAAUUAUAUUUCAUAACAUUUAUGCUAUUUUCGAAUUAUGUUCUUUUGAAUUUGUUUAUUUUAGGUUUGAUUGAACAAUUUGAAGAGUUUUUCUAAGUCCAGAAUUCAAUGAUUCAAACUUAUGUUGAGGAAAUCGAUAAGAUCAAAACUGCUUGGUGUAAGUAUUCAGCUGAAACCAAUGGUCAAAGUAUGCAUUACAAAUUUCUUUGUCGCUUUUUGCUUGACAUCGGAUAACCAUUGGGAGGAGGCAAAGAUGACAAUUUAUGGGAUGCAGCCAAAUUAGCAUCGAAGUUGAAUUUGAGAUGGUAAUGCUUUUAUAUUUAAGUAGUGAUGCUUGUGGAUACAUCCAAUAUAAUCAGUUACUGUAUCAACUGUUUAGGUGCUGUUAUCAUGAUGAAGUGUUCAAAGAUGGGUCUUAAGAGUCCAUUCAAAACAUGAAAUAGUUCAAUAAAGAGAUGCAAAUUCGAUUACUGUAUUAUAGGAGAAACAAAACUUAACAGAGAAGCAAUAUCAGUCAGCAUACUUUAUAGUUCAAAUCUAAUUUCAACAUUCUUCAUGAUUAUUUGAAUGUUUUAAUCUUAUUUAAAACUUGGUAAUCAUACUCCAAUUUGCUGAUUCAAAAGAUAAUAAGGAGACAAGAUGAUUAUACAGAGAGUGACGAAAUAACAUUAGAUGGCAAUCUUUAGAACAAUCCUCAAUAGUAUUUCAAUCAUAUCUAAAUUGCAUAGUUGGUAACAAGUGCAGAGUGAUUUUAUAAAUGACGGUUUCAGUUCCAAACGAAGAACUACAGACAUUAAAUUAUAUGAAGAUCAAUUUUCUGGUCAUUAUGUCACGCCAUAAAGUGCUGGGUCUUAAAGAGAACCUCAAUUGCCAGUCUAUCAGACAACCCUUCAACAAGAAACAGAUAGGAUAUUCGGAGGUUUUGAUGAAAAUGUUGUUUUAGAUUGCAGAGAAAUCAAAUUUAAAAAUUGA